AUGACAGGCGAGGCGACGACGGGCCAGGGCCUUCGUGGGUAUGGGGGUCGUACUGGUACGGAUAGGGACAGGGCUGCUGGAUGCGACUGGCCAGUAGUGAGUGCAUGUUCGCAGGCGGCGUUGAGGCGGCCGCUGAUAGCCCUACGUGGGGUGGGAAGCCAUGGCCGCCUGCCUGCGGGCCUUUUGGUGGAUAUCGUUGAGGCUCGAUUAGGAAGACGGAGGGGGGCUAGGGCAGGGCUCUUUGCGUCUCUCUGGCCGGGAAAGUGGUCGCGACAAUCGUGUCACGAUUCUGAGUCGGGCUUUAUGAGGGAGGAAAGGAAAAGCGGACAACGCUUCCACAGUCUUCUUCCGCUCUUCUUUGACAUCCUAGAUAGACAUGACUUGACAUCUGUUGCACAUCGGCGUCAGUACCUACCAUACUCUUCCUGCACCAAAUCGCAACGGCUCAUCCUUGACAUUGGACCUAUCCAUCCCGUCUCUCGUCUCUCGUCUCUCGUCUCUUGCGUCUCGUCUCUCAUCCGAAGUACCACGUUCCACCAGAUACAAGAGCAAGAAAACAGCAGGGCAAAAGAGAGGCAAGCAAAACAUGGCGACCCCGACCCCGAUCCCGCCGCCACCGCCCAUCACCCUCACCAGCCUCCCGUCCGAGCUCCUCCUCCACAUGCUCAGCUCCCUCGACAUCCCGGACCUCCUCGCCCUGACGCGCACCUCGCACGCUCUGCGCGCCCUCUCCCUCGACCCGCUGCUACAUACCCUGCGCCGGCACCGGGCCGCCCUCACCCUGCAGCACUCGCUGGCCGUCCGGCCCGCGCUCACCGAACUGAUGCAGCACCGCAUCUUCCUCACGCGCACGACCCUCGCCGCGCGCCGCCUGGGCCGCAGCCUCGUCGCCAUCCAGCUGAACCGCCGGCUGCAGCGCCGGCCGAGCGCCGAGGAGCUCGUCUGCUGGGGCGUGCUCCCGUGGGAUUCUUGAGUCUCUGGGUUGGGGGUUGGCUUGUAUAUCGCUUAUGUUCUGUUUGUUACUCAAGAUUACGCGAGGAGUAUGAAUAUCACCUGAUGACCAUCCAAAUCGAGAUUUAA